GGUUUAGUGUGUAUUAGAGGAAGAGUGAGAGUAACUACAAAAACGCUCUCAUUUUCAUUCUUCAAUUCAAUUCAUUUUCCUAAUUCUUGAAAUCACUCUCAUUUUCCUUUUCUCCUCUUUUCUUUUCUCUUCAAUCUCAAUUUUCUCUUUCUAGGUUGGUGGAAAUGGCAACAAAUAUUGGCAUAAUGGAUAGUGCUUAUUUUGUCGGCAGGAAUGAGAUUCUUAAUUGGAUCAAUAACAGACUUCAGCUCAAUCUAUCACGCAUUGAGGAUGCUGCAUCUGGUGCUGUACAAUGCCAAAUGAUGGAUGUCACGCAUCAAGGGGUUGUUCCAAUGCACAAGGUUAACUUUGAUGCAAAGACUGAGUAUGAUAAGAUCCAGAAUUACAAAGUUCUGCAGGAUGUGUUCAACAAGCUGAAAAUUCAGAAGCAUAUUGAAGUUAGCAGGCUUGUUAAAGGCAGACCUUUGGACAACUUGGAGUUCCUCCAAUGGCUCAAACGUUACUGCGAUUCUAUUAAUGGUGGCAUUAUGAAUGAGAACUAUAAUCCUGUUGAGCGAAGAGUUAAGGUUGGAAAGGACCGAAGUCUGAAAUGUUCUUUGAAAAAAUCAAAAUCAUUGCAAACGAAUACUAUGAAUAAUUCAGGCUCAGGCAACACACUGGGUCCUAAUAGAACCUCUGUGGCCAAGCCAUCCAGGUCAAGUGGAGGGGCAGGUGGGGCUAAUUCUUCAGCAGAGAUUCAGGCUUUGUCCAAAGAGAUUACUGAUCUAAAAUUUGCAGUGGAUCGCCUUGAAAAAGAGAGAGACUUUUACUUCGCAAAACUACGAGAUGUAGAAAUUAUAUGUCAGACUCCAGAAGUGGAGAAUAUCCCUGUUAGUGUGGCAGUUAAGAAGAUUUUAUAUGCCAAUGAUGCAAAGGAAUCAGCACUGGAUGAAGCUCAAGAUUAUCUUAAUCAAACUAUGAAUGCUGUAGAAGCUCAAGAAACUAUGAAUGUUGUUGAAGCUGAAGCUGAAGCUGAAGCAGAAUCAGAAAUUGAAGUUGAUUCCCAAAACUAGCUCCUUGUUGGUAUGCCAAGACAUUUGCAAAAGCAUCCUUUUCAACAAAUUCUAUUCUAUCUUACAAGUCUGGUGGUGUGAUCUGCACUGUCCUAUGGGCAUAGAACACCAUGUAAUGAAAAUUGUCAUAUAUUGUGUUUGUUUCCUUGUAAGCCUGGACGGAUAAUCGCUUGAUGAAUGACUGGUCUUUCCAAUGAUAGACUUCAUCUAAUCAUCCUUUUUAUCGUCACUAUAUAAAACUUCUCAAAUGAACAUUGCUCAAGAAAUGGAAGUUUCCUAGCCACAAUUUAUUCA